AGUCCAAUUAUUGUGUAUAGGCAGCAUCUCUCUAGUUCAGAAAAGUCUUCUCAUAAUUUUGUUUCAGCAACAUGAAUACUAAGCAGUCAUCAAAAUGGAUAUAUGACAGUCCGGUGAAUUCUGAUGUGGAGGCGAAGCUGAGGCGUUUCUUGGUUGAAAAUGCUGAUAAAAUACUUGGAAUCCAGGUUUGCGCUUACAAAGACGGUAAAGUGAUUAUUGACACAGCAGUUGGAGUGUUAGGAAUAGAUGAUCCUCGUCCGGUUCAGCCUGAUACCUUAUUUCCUGUUUUUUCUACAACUAAGGGCGUCACAGCAGGCAUGGUACAUUGGUUGGCAGAUAAAGGGAAACUCAAGCUUGACGACACGGUAGCAAAUAUUUGGUCGGAGUUUGGUACUAAUGGAAAAGACCAAAUAAAGGUUAAUCAUAUACUCAAUCAUACAGCUGGUCUGCACAAUGCGCUCGCUGGCAUUUCUGAAGAAGAUGAUCUAACUUUAUUUUGUGAUUUUGCUGAGUGCAUAAAACGCAUUACUGCAGUCGCACCUGAGACUGAACCUGGUUGUGUAGAGUUGUAUCAUUAUCUAUCAUAUGGCUGGCUAUGUGGUGGAAUCAUCGAGCAUGCUUCAGGGGAGAAGUUUGGGGACAUUCUCGAGAAAGCUUUUGUUCGUCCACUAAAUGUUGAAGGCGAGUUUUAUAUAGGGAUUCCUCUCGGUGUGGAAUCCCGUCUAGCAACUCUAACAAUAGAUGCAGCUGAACUAAGUUUAAUGGCUAAACAAUUUUCACCCACCUCCUCCCCUGGCUUUCUGCCAUCCACAUUCUCUAUCAACACAGUUUCCACCCUCAUAACCAUAUCCAACACCCUCAAUGUCCGCCGUGCCAUAUUACCUGCUGCCAACGGACACUUCUCAGCUCGUGCUUUGGCCCGCUACUAUGCCACUCUCGUGGAUGGUGGUGUAGUCCCACCUAUCCAUUCCUCUACCCUGCCGCCACUUGGAAGCCAUCCUCACAACCCCACUUCCCCUUCCAAAAGAACUAAUGAAGUCCACACUAAAAUCUUUAAUAACACUAAAGAGAAAGUUCACGAUGCUUUUUUGGGACAUGGAGAUUACAGCGAUUUAGUCUCACCAAAUUGGAUGUUUGGGCUCGGGUUCACCAGGGUCAAAAAACCCGAUGGUUCUAUAAUUGGGUUCGGUCAUGGUGGUUUAGGUGGAUCAACAGGAUACUGUGACAUAAACAACAAGUUUGCGAUAUCUGUCACCCUAAACAAAUUAUCUAUGGGUUCUUUGACCGGGGAGAUCAUCCAUUUUAUUUGUUCAGAACUUGAUCUUCCUGUACCACAAGGCUAUAAAGGGUCAAGUGGGAAACUUGAGAAACCAGUGAUCAAUUAGAGAGGGUUUGAAGCAUAAGUUUGAGUUGAAACUUUAUAUUCAACCGACUAUUAUUAAUCUGCUGCAUUUUAAAUAAUAUCAUUGUGUUACAUAAGCUAUAAUUAUUGUUUUGUAACAUCCAAUGCUAUUUGGACUUUAAUCUUGUCAUAUCAGCUUUUCAUAA